AUGGGGAACUGUGUGGCAACACUCCGGAAUGGUAUCAAGAAACGGCAGCAAGAGAGCCAACGGCUGAAGAGCAAAAGAGAGGACAAUGUCAACCUCUUGGAGGAACCUGUUGUAGCACACAGCUUUGCUAUUUACAUCAUCGACAACAAGGGAGAGAUUGAGGAAUUCUAUGACGUGGAAGACACAAAGAUCGGUGAGGGCUCUUUUGGAAGAGUGUGCAAGUGCACCAACAAGUCCACUGGUGCAGAAAGGGCUGUGAAAAUGCUCCGCAAGGUUCGGCGAAAGUCACAGCUUAUCAUGUUCAAGAACGAACUCUCCACAUUGAAGAUGCUUGAUCAUCCUCAUAUUGUCAAACUUUACGAACAUUUCGAGGACCGGCGCUACAUGUACAUGGUCAUGGAAUUUUGCCAGGGCGGGGAGCUCUUCGACCGACUCCUCGAAGUAGGAAAUUUCUCGGAAAAUCAGGCAGCCAUCAUUAUGCAGCAGAUCUUCCGCGGAGUGUAUUACCUUCACACAAUGAAGGUGGUCCAUCGAGAUUUGAAGAUCGAGAAUUUCAUGUUUGCAGGUGAAGGCCCAGUGGAGGCCAAUAUGAUCAAGAUCAUUGACUUUGGAUUUGCACGAUCCUUUGAAGAGGGCCAGUACAUGAAGACAAAGGUGGGUGCGCCCUAUUUUGUAUCUCCCCAGAUUCUUGCAGGGAAGUACACCGAGGCAACAGAUAUGUGGACAUGUGGCACAAUCAUGUACAUUUUACUCUGCGGCUAUCCACCUUUCUUUGGGGAUUCUGAUGCGGAGAUCCUGUCGCGCGUCCGCGCUGGAAACUUCAGCUUCAAUGAUGCUGACUGGAGACAUGUCAGUGAACUGGCGAAGGAUUUGAUUCGUGGUCUCCUGCGAAUGAGUGAGAUUGAGAGGGUCAAUGCCAAGCAGGCUUUAUUUGACCAAUGGAUCAUCCAAACUGCACCAGUUCUGAGGGCUCCGUUGAAGCUGAAGUACUUUGAGAACAUGCGCAAAUAUGUUGGGUUCAACAAAUUUAAGCAGGCAACUCUCCAGAUCAUCGUUUCUCAGUUGGAAGCCGAAAUUGCGAAGCCCUUGAUCGACACCUUCAUGUGGCUAGAUAGCUCUGGAGAAGGACAUAUUGACGCAGAAGAGAUUGAAGCAGGCAUGAAGAGGGCUGGGUGGACGGAGGUGGAGAUUCCUGAAGACCUUAAUGAGUUGGUCGAUGGGCUGGACGCUGACGGCAGCGGUGAAAUUGGCCUUGGUGAGUUUGUCGCAUCCAUCUUGGACUUGCAGGUGUAUGCGCGGGAAGAGACCUGCUGGGCAGUCUUUCGGAUCUACGACCAGGAUGGCGAUGGAAUGAUUGGAAAUACUGAUAUCUACAACAUUUUAAACAAUGGUCAACCGGGAGGACAAGAGGUUGUCAGCGCUCAUGAAUGCCGAGAGCUCAUCAAAGAAGCAGACGAGGACGGUGACAAAAGAAUCAGCUUCUCCGAGUUUCUGGACAUGAUGAAGGGUGUCCAGAGCAAGAAGAAAAAAGACCAAGGGGCCGAGAAGCAGGGGAUCACUCAGACGGAUAUUCAGGACGAAAUUGAAGUGGAGAUGGUUGAGAAUGCAAACUUGAUCGAAGACCCGAAUGCCUUGGACACUGCGCAGGACCUGGUGGAUGAUCUUGCAAACCAUUCUCCCAAUGAAGUGGGGUUGAACAGCAGACAAGAUCAGGAGGAUGCAGAAGAGACAGAAAUUAAACUUGAACCUGUAGAUGAAGAAGCAGAGGCAGUCCUUGAUCCUGAGAACGUCGCUCCAGAGCUAGAUGCCGAGGAGAAUGUACAGGAGGCAGACCUGCAGGAAGAAGGUCACGAAGGUCACGAAGGUCAUCCGGAUCACCCUGAAGAAUUGGGGGCAGAAGAAGCUUCUGAGACCGACCGUUUUUUGCGCUCAGCAUGA